UCAGAAAGGAGUCAUCUGGGCCAACAGCCUCAGAAAGAGGACCCCCCAACCUAAGGUGAUGAAGAGUCCCACCAAUGGGGAGGCCUUGGAGGAGGAAAAUGCCGAAGAUGACCCAAUGAUUUCAUUCCAAUUGUUGCUGAAAACCUCUUCUGAAAGGAAAUGGCUUGGACUGGACUUCUUUUAUUAUUAUUGGUAUUCAUUCUAACAGCUUUAUUCCUUUUCAAAAUGGGUAGUUCCCAGAGUAACAGCUCCCAAAACCUUCCACCUGGACCCAGGCCCAUACCUAUUUUGGGAAAUCUGCACAUAAUGGAUUUCAAGAGGCCUUUUAAGACAAUGAUAAAGUUGUCAAAAGAAUAUGGUCCCGUUUUCCGUCUUCAAAUGGGAUCCCAGGAAAUGGUGGUGCUGACUGGCUAUGAGACGGUCAAAGAGGCUUUGGUGAACCAGGCAAAGGCAUUUGCAGAGAGGCCCAUCGUCCCCAUUUUUGAGGAUUAUGCAAAGGGCUUUGGCAUUAGUUUUUCUCAUGGUGAGAACUGGAGACAGAUCCGGCAGUUUUCAAUCUCUGCAUUACGGGAUUAUGGAAUGGGCAAGAAGAUUGUUGAAGACAAAAUCAGUGAAGAGUGCAGUAUCUUGACAAAGGCAUUUGAGAUUUAUGAAGGAAAGCCAUUUGAUCCAGCAACAAUUUUGAAAGCUGCAGCUGCCAAUAUCAUAGUUUUCUUUUUACUUGGCAAGAGGUUUGAAUAUGAAGAUGCUACACUUCUAAGAAUACUGGAAUUAGUUGAAGAAAAUAUACGUCUUGCAACAAGCCCUGCUAUAUUGGUGUAUAAUGUGUUUCCCAAGUUGGGAUUCCUUCUGGGUGCUCAUAGGACAGUAAUGAAUAACCGGAAAAAGUACCAUGAUUUCAUAGAGUCCACAUUCCUCAAAGAUAUCAAAGAGUUUGACGAAAAUAACCCGAGGACUUUUAUUGAUGCAUUUCUUGUUCGUCAGAAACAGGAGAAUAAGAAGUCAACACAUAGCUAUUUCCAUAAUGAUAAUCUUAAAGCUCUUGUGGAUAACCUAUUUGGUGCUGGCAUGGAUACAACCUCAAACACAUUGUGCUGGGCCAUACUCCUAAUGAUGAAGUAUCCAGAGGUUCAAAGGAAGGUCCAAGAAGAAAUUGCAAAAGAGAUUGGGGUUCGUCAGCCAAGGACAGAAGACCGAUUCAAAAUGCCUUACACCAAUGCUGUAAUUCAUGAAAUUCAAAGGUUUGCUGAUAUUGUUCCAACCAAUUUGCCCCAUGCAACCACCAUGGACAUAACUUUCAAAGGAUUCUUCAUUCCCAAGGGCAUGUACAUCAUUCCAUUGCUGACCUCUGUGCUCCAUGAUGAAUCCCAGUGGGAGAAACCUCAUGAAUUCUAUCCUGAGCAUUUUCUUGACUCUGAAGGAAAAUUUGUGAAGAGGGAUGCGUUCAUGGCUUUCUCUGCAGGUCAGAGAGUAUGUGCUGGUGAGGAUCUUGCCAAAAUGGAGCUCUUCCUUUUCUUUACCAACCUCCUCCAGAGAUUUACCUUCCAGCCGCCUUCAGGAACAUCUAAAGAUGAUCUGGACCUGAUUCCUGCUCUUGGGCUUACGACCCCUCCCAUGCCUUACAAGACCUGUGCUGUGUUAUCCUGA